UAUAAAAAAAAAAUUACAAUGAGAUGUAAAAGAGCAGACCGCGAGUAAAAGACGUUUAAUAUAUGGAAGAAAGAAAGCUAUAAACUAUUGACGCGUUAACUGAUAGGAUCAACGGCGAAGGAAGUUGCAAGGAAGCUGUUGGAAGACGGAAAUGGAGAUGGAGCAAUAUUUGUGUAGUGUUGGUGUCGUCGUUGGAGGUGUAGUACUGACACUGCCAUUCACAAGCUUGCUGCUCUCACUGAAAAAUAUCUUCUCCCUCCGACCCCCUCAUUCUCUUUCUCUCCAAUCAUCAGAAGUUUAAUGAAAGGUUCCUUUUUAAUUAAAUUGCAUCUAUUCUUUAAAUAAUUUUAAAAUAGACUUAGAAUUAUAAAAUUAUUAAAAACUUUACCAUUUUGCUUCUCUCUCUCUCUCUCCCUCUAUAUAUACAUACACACACACACACCGGGAGGAGGCCUUAGUGAUGGAGAUGCAGAUGCAGAUGAAAAGUUACCUGAAAGACAGCAAGGUUGGUUCCGGCGUCCGAGUAGUGACGCCCACUGACAGCAAUGUUGGUGUCGGAGUCGGAGUAGUGACGCCCAAUGGCACUGCCAAUCACGAACUUGCCGCUCAGCCCUUGAUCAAGUUGCGGAUCGCAGCCUUGUUUUUCAAAGCUGCACAUCAAUUUAUGGAAGCAAAAGAUAGUGGGGAGAUGAACGAGAUAAAUACAACCGAGGAGGCAAUUCCAACUAGGUACUACUGCUGCAGUUGUUGUCAUCUGGUCACUGUGGAUGUCGAAGUCGAAAUCAAAUGCCCUUUCUGCCACGACGGCAUCAUCCAAGCACGUAGGGGUGUUAACUCACUCUACCUAACCAUGUCAUCCGAAUCUGAGCAUUCUGAAAGUGGUUCAAAUGGAGAGGGCCUCGUUGACGAGCAACGCCAUGUGAUACGGGUUACUUCAUCAGAAUGGAUCUUGUUACUCACUAGCUGCGGCAUUGAGAUUCUGGCAUCGGCUUUUGAUCAGGUUUCCUCCCCACGUUAUCCUCACUACGCAUUAAUUGGUAUGCUGCUGGCAAUUGUGGCUAUACUUGUUUGCAUCUGCGAGCUCCUUCAAAAUGCUAUAAAGGAAAGAGUUGUAUUGAGGAGGCGGGGAAUGCUAUGGUGUUUUCACUAUCCACCUCCAAAUAACAUGCUUUUUGGUACAUUCCCUGAAAUUUUUGGAUUAGGUCUUGCCAUUGUUCAAUGCAUUUGCUCAGCAGUGCAGUAUCAUUUCAGCCGUCGCCAUACUACUAGUCCUAUCAAACUAUCCCCUUUGCCUGUUGUAUUCGCUUUCAGUUUGGUUGUUUCAAAAUUAGUUCAGAGUCGGAGGUGCGCCGUUGAUGACACCCUUCAGAAUGGUACGUAA